AUGGGUACUGAAAAGGUCCCUAGAUUCCUUCAGAGGAGCAAGAAACCUCAAUUGAUAAGAUGGUUCUCUGUUUUCUUAGCAUUGGGUCUUGUUUAUCAAAUAAGCAAAGUUAGUUUCACCGUCAACCAAGAACUUGAUCCAAAAGUAAUUGUUCUUAAUGCCCUUGAAACCAAUUUAGCAGGCAAUUGGUCCGAGAAAUAUACAGCGGAACCUCAUUUGGCUGGUACCAAUUAUGGACUUGUUGAAUGGACUCAACAGAAGUUUGAAGAAUAUGGAUUUGAAGCCACCAUUGAUCCUUAUGAAAUUUACGUGAGUUAUCCAAAAGAUCAUGAUUUGAACCUCU